AUUGGUUUGGUGUGCUUGUUGUCGUCCUGUUUUGCACCGGAAGUGAAACUGAACCAGCGCAGCUAACACGAACGUCUUCCAGAUCUACGUUUUGAUACCUUUAGUCAGCCUCCACUGACAAGAUGUCUGACAGUGAUGGUCAAGCCAAGGAGCCGGCUGGAUUGGAAGGUCUGCCACCACUGUACAGCAUUGCCAAGGGAGAAGUGGUUUCUGUGCAAACCUAUGGAGCUUUUGUUCGACUGCCAGGAUACAAGAAGGAAGGCCUGGUUCAUGUGAGUGAGAUGUCGGCCUCACGGGUUGAGAACGCCUCCGAAAUAGUCGAUAUGGGUGAACAGGUGUGGAUUAAAGUCAUUGGGAAAGAGAUUCGUGAUGAGAAGGUGAAGAUGUCCUUCUCAAUGAAAGCUGUGAAUCAGGGAACAGGGCGGGACCUGGACCCCAAUAAUGUCAAUGCCGAGCAGGAUGCGAGGCGACGUAAGAUGUUCAGAGACCAAUCUGGCAACAGGAUCACUCUGGACGCGGUGCUCAACACGACGUGUAAAAAGUGCGGCUGCAAAGGUCACUUUACAAAGGACUGUUUCUCUGCUCCGGGCUUGCAGUACGCUCUUUUGCCUGAAGAGGAGGCUGGAGGGCCACGGCAACAGCAGCAGCAACAGCAACAGCAGCAGCCCUCAACAGCUGCUCUGAAGCCAGACUCAGACAAAAAGAAAAAGAAAAAGAAGGAGAAGAAAAUGAAGAAGAGGAAGAGGGAGAAGAAGGAGUCGGAGAGCGACAGCAGCCACAGCAGCGAGUGCAAAACCAAGAAGAGGCGUCACGACCCCACUCAUGACAAAGAGGACAAGAAGAAACAUAAGAAACAUAAGAAACAUAAAUCUCACAAACACUGAUAAAAUAGACACACACGCACACACUGCAGCUAUCUCACAGACGCAAAAAAGGGAAGUGGUUAGCAACGGAGAGACAGACAUCCAGUUGUGUAUCUUUAAAUAAUUUCUCCAUCACCAGCUUAUUAUAGAAUCCCAUUCCUUUACGUUAUGGAAAGUUUUGCUAAAUGUCUCUCCACGAUCUGAGCAGCAUGUUUAGACCUGUCAAGUUUCAAAAAGAAACUAAACCAUUGGGAAGGAAAUAUCUGCAAACACUAAAAUAUCAGACGACAAGACCCACUUGUCCUAAUGAGACCUCUGGCUCCGCCGCAGCGGGAGGAAGUUCAUACAUCAUUCGAAACUAGAUAUGUGUAAGCAAUAUGGCAGCAAGUGGCUGUCCCCCAUGAAAUCCAGAUAUUGUUCACAGAUAUCCGGUUUCCAGCGCUCUGGGAAAUCCAUUAAGCAGAAAUGAGGCAGUAAGGCCGACUUCUUAGGGAGGGUCUGACAUGACAGACCUUGACAUAAUCCACAUAAGCUACAAACACACACACACAUACGCACAGAGGAAGAGGUAAAGUCACAAACAGGAAAUGUGAUGCAGCGCAAGCGAGCAUGUCAGGAACCUCAUGCUACGACAAUAUCCUUAGGUAGUCCGCCGCUUAUUGUGCACCUGUGUGCGCAUCCAUGUUUGUUUAUGUAUCUUGCCUCCAGGGGCCUGCUCACAAAUACCCCUCUUCCUGCAUGUCAACUGUUAACUCCAUUAAAGGUGUUUUAUUUGUAAAAGUAAAAAAAAAAAA